AUGGAAUACUCAGAGAUAAUAGCCACAAAGUUUUUGCAACUUCCUAACGAGGUCUUGGAAUUGGUCUUAGGUUAUAUUCCAACUACCUGUUUGUUGCAAUAUACUGACAUUCAAACGAUUAGUGAAAUUGCUGGUGAUAUUUUAAAUGAUCGAAACAUCAAAGUUUGGAUUGGCAAUUCUAAUGUUGGUCUAUUUCAAAGCUUUGACGGUAUUAAGGAAUGGGCCGAGGAACCAAAUGGUGAUGAAAUGAUGUUGGAGCCGGACACCUUGAACGGUCUUGAAACGGUUAAUCCCAUAAAAUUUGCUGAGAUUGAUUGGGAAACACAAUUCGGAAAUUUCUAUAAAGCGUUUCCAAUUUUGAAAAUCGAUCUAACUAUAUUUGGUUGUGAUCUUCUUAGGAUGGUCUACAGUAAAUUCCCAGCUUGUUUUGAAAAUGUUAGAAAGUUAACAUUGUUAAAGACCAAAGAUGAAGAACAAACUGAGGAUUCUGGAGCCCUUUCUGGUUUCCCCUAUCCCAUACACGGAAUGGGUACUUUGAACAAAAUUCAAAAUUGUAAGUUGCCAGAGUCUAUUCGAAUGUUAGAAGUGGGAAACUUCUACGAGCUAUUUAGUCCAAAAGAUGUUGGAUUGGCAGAGAGCCAAAUCACCGAAUUACAUAUCUGUUCAGCUAUCGACAUCAAGGAUGUGAAAUAUUUACCAAGAGGUUUAAAGAAAUUGCAGAUUUCGUUGAAGACCUACCGUUCAGGAUCCAAACCUAGCUUUCCGCCAUGGCUAGAACUGCUUGAGAUUGCAUCCGAUCGUUGGCGUUCUGUUAUUAAUAAGCUUAAUAUUUCUGAAUUAAAGAACUUGAAGAGUUUAAAACUUAUGAACUGGCAUCUGCCAAACUUGAAUACAUUGAAGGCUCCUAAACAAAUCAAAAAUUUGGAAUUGAUUUCUAGAGAUUUAGUAUCAUUGGAUGGUAUUCAGGUGUAUAAAGAACUUAAUGAUUUCAAACUUUAUGUUUUCCAUAAAGAUGCUUAUUCAAUUUUGAAUGACCCUUUACCUAAUUCCAUAAGAAGACUAACCUUUGAUUGGAAACCCGAUUAUCUGAAUCAAAUUGGAACCGGUCCGAGCAGGCUUGAAGAGGGGAAAGGAAUGCAACCAAUCCGAUUACCUCCAAAGCUAAGGGUUCUUAAUGUGACCACUGGAUCUCCGUUGUUUUGUCCCCAAAGCUGGAAUUUUCCUACUUCGUUGAGAGUACUUUCAUUGAAUGUUGCCAUAUUACCUCCACAGCUUCAGCUUCCUCCAAAUUUAAUUGCAUUGGAUUUACAUGGCUAUCUGACAAGUAAUCUUCCUGACCCAUUGCCCAAGUCCUUGGUCAGAAUUCGAACUUCCUUGUUACCGUCCACGAAAGAUUCUUUAGUGGAUCUACAUAAUUUGAGUCAUAUUGAUUUUGACUUCAAGAGGCAACCGGUAACCUCAUUUGAUUGGAAUUUACCUAGUAGUUUAAGAAGAUUGAUUUUGCAAUACGAUCAGUUGAAAGCAUUGAAACUAGAAUCCUCAAAGCUACGUGUGGUUAAGGUAACUUUAGAUUCUUUCAGCAUGUUUGAUGAACUUCAACUACCUGAUUCAGUUAUCAAAUUGAGUAUGCGAUGGAACGCUAACCAACGCUAUGCUUCAAAAUUUGUAAUUACAGAUCGUCAUAAGCUUCCAAAGAAUUUACAAAGUUUCCAAUUUGUCCAAACUAAGAUUGAUACCAAGUCGUUGAUUAAUUUAAGAUUGAACGACUUGCAGAAUUUACGAUAUAUUAAUCUAAACGACAACAAAAUCACAGAAAUUGAAUGUGGAGCAUUUCCUAGUACAACCAAAACGUUAAUACUUCUGAAUAAUGAUUUGCAAAAAGUUGGGACUAAUGUAUUCAAGGAACUUCCACAAUUAGAGUGUCUCAAUUUGGAAUACAAUAAAUUGGGUGAAAAUGUUAGUAACCCGAUUGAAUUUCCUGAGUCCUUGCGAUUUUUAUCAUUAACAAACAACAGUUUGAAAGAUGUUGAUGAUUUGAUAUUCGGCCAAGAACCUAGACUUAAAAGAAUACAAUUAAGAAACAAUGAAUUUCCAGAUACAGAAGAGGUUUCCAAUAAAUUAAGACAAAAGUUGGGCAAGGCAGCAGCUAUUAUAAUGAAAUGGAACCAACAUAAAUAA